CACUCGGACCGGCCCCGCGCCCCUCCCGCUCCGCGCCCCCCGCACCCCGGGCCAGGCCGGGCCGGGCAGCGCCGCCGGGGCUCGGAGCAGCGUCCGGCCGGGGGCAGGCAGUUAAAAGAUCAAGGGUGACACUCCGACAGGAGAGCUGGAAGGGAAACUUCAUGGACCUCUGCCUGCUCCAGGGUAGCAUUUGCCAGCCCUCAGUCACAGUCUGCAUUGGAGUAGUGUAGGCACCUGGAGGAGCCGGGAGCAUCUUGUGGACCUGCCGUCCUCAUACCAUCUUAUGGUGGUGCCAGUGCCUCGCUCUGUGCCCAGGCAAGGUGAUGGACAGCAGGGCAGAGAUGGAGGUGGUGAGGAACACGAAGGGCAAUGCUGCUGGGGAGGUCAGCGUCCAUGUGGUCACCACCGAGAGCACUGUGCAGAGCACCCACCUGCCAACCACUGCCUUCAUCAUACCAGCAAAUGCCACUACCAUCAGCCUUCCCACGAGCACCUUAGAAAUCCAGCGAUUCCCCCGGGAACCACAGAGAAGCACAGGGGCCGAGAGGCCAGAGAGGGGAACAGGGAAUGAGCCGAUCACAGCUACUGUCAUUCCCCAGAUCAGCGGGGUGCAGACUUGCAGCACAGUCCGUGUGCUGGAGUGGAAAGAUGGGGUGGCUACUUUGCCUGGGAGUAACCUGCGGUUUCGAAUAAAUGAGUAUGGGACACUGAAGGUGGUGAGUGCUGAUAAGAUACCUCCAGUGGAAGCCCUAAAGGAGGGUCACACAGAGAAAGAUGGGGACUCAGAGGUGGCACCCACCAGCAGAGACAAUCCUACUGUGGCAAAUGAUGUGCCGGAGCAGAGCAAGCUGCCCACAGCAGAAAGCAUGUGCCACUGCGAUACCUGUGGCCGGAGACAUGUGUGGGAUGGGGCCCGGGAAGGCAGGGGCUUCUGCAGCGAGCACUGUCACCAGCAGUUCAAAGAGAGGUCUGUCAUCGUGGAAAACUCUGCCAGCAGCACCAAUGCCACUGAAAUCCUCAAGCCAGUGAAGAAAAGAAAGAGGAAGGACUAUCAGAGCCCUUCAGAGGAAGAAUAUGAAUCUGAGCAAAUGGAGGAAAAGCAGGAAGAGAGGAAAAACUCUGUGGGAGACUCUGCUAUGAGCAAUCUGGAGGCUGAGGCGUGGAAUGGGAGCCAGCACGGUGCCAGUGAGGAGAAGAAAGAAGGCUGGUCUUGGGCGUCCUACUUGGAGGAGCAGAAAGCUGUCGCUGCCCCUUUAGAUCUCUUCCAGGAUUACCAAGUAGCUUCCCAGCACAAGAAUGGCUUUAAAGUGGGGAUGAAGCUGGAGGGGAUUGACCCACAGCACCCAUCUAUGUACUUCAUCCUGACCGUGGCUGAGGUGUGUGGUUACCGGAUGCGCCUCCACUUUGAUGGCUACUCUGAGUGCCAUGAUUUCUGGCUGAAUGCUGACUCCCCCGACAUCCACCCUGCUGGUUGGUUUGAGGAGACAGGGCACAAACUCCAGCCCCCCAAAGGGGUUGUAGGUUAUAAGGAAGAAGAAUUCAGCUGGACAAACUACCUGAAGUUAACAAAGGCUCAGGCAGCUCCUAAGCACCUCUUCUUGGUCCGAAACACUCACAAGGCUUCUCCAGGCUUCGAGGUGGGCAUGAAGCUCGAAGCUGUGGACCGCAUGAACCCUUCCCUGAUCUGUGUUGCCACAGUGACUGAUGUGGUGGACAAUCGCUUUUUGGUGCACUUUGACAACUGGGAUGAUACUUAUGACUACUGGUGUGACCCCAGCAGUCCAUACAUCCACCCAGUUGGAUGGUGUCAUGAGCAUGGCAAACCCCUCACACCUCCUCAAGAUUAUCCUGACCCUGACAACUUCACCUGGGAAAAGUACUUGAAGGAAACUGGAGCAUCUGCUGUCCCAGCUUGGGCCUUUAAAGUGCGCCCACCCCAUGGCUUCCUGGUCAACAUGAAGCUGGAGGCAGUGGACAGGAGGACUCCUUCCUUCAUCCGAGUGGCCAGUGUGGAGGAUGUGGAAGAUCACAGGAUAAAGAUCCAUUUUGAUGGCUGGAGUCACAUCUAUGAUUUCUGGAUUGAUGCGGAUCAUCCAGACAUCCACCCCAUAGGCUGGUGCUCAAAAACAGGACACCCACUGCAGCCUCCUCUCAGGCCAAAGGAACCAGCCUCUUCUGCCCAUGCAGGCUGCCCAACCCUGGGCUGCAAGAGCAUCCCUCAUACCAAGAGUUCAAAGUACAGCUUUCACCACAGGAAGUGCCCCACACCGGGCUGCGAUGGGUCAGGACACGUGACAGGGAGAUUCACAGCCCAUUACUGCCUCUCAGGGUGCCCGCUGGCAGAGAAGAACCAGGGCAGGCUGAAGGCUGACUUAUCCGACACCGAGGCCUCAACUCGCAAGAGGAACCUGAUGGGCUUCUCUCAGCGAAAGAAAUCUCGGCACCACGGGAGAGGGAGACCUCCAAAGUACCGGAAGAUCCAGCAGGAAGACUUCCAGACUAUUUCUUCAGACAGCAUGCACCAGUCUCUCUUCAUGUCCGCCCUGUCUGCCCACCCCGACCGCUCCCUGUCUCUGUGCUGGGAGCAGCACUGCAAGCUGCUGCCAGGGGUGGCUGGCAUCACAGCAGCCAUGGUGGCCAAGUGGACCAUUGAUGAGGUGUUUAGCUUUGUUCAGACUCUGACGGGUUGUGAGGACCAAGCCAAGCUCUUCAAGGAUGAGAUGAUCGAUGGUGAGGCGUUCCUCUUGCUGACGCAGGCUGACAUAGUCAAGAUUAUGAGUGUCAAGCUGGGCCCAGCACUCAAGAUCUACAAUGCCAUCCUCAUGUUCAAGAACGCUGAUGACACCUUAAAGUGACUUUUCUUGGCCCGAUCAGGACCCUCCCUCAGCAUUGGUGCUGCCAAACUGUCUGGUCAGGACAGAGAUCCCCCCAACCAACCACAGCUUGUCAUGUCCUGCUCACGUCCUUUCAGAUGCCACACCUCUGCUCUCUCACCACUCCCUCUCCCAUCUUCUUCCCUCCACACUGCCCUUUUCUUCCAGUGCUGGGUACAGGCUGACCCCAGGCCUCGGGGGUGGCUGCAGGGAUGGAGGGUGGCCUAUCUGAGCACCACAGAUGCCCCCAUGUCCUGCUGUGACUGCACUGGUUCAGAAAGUCUUGAGGGAUGAGGGACCACUGUGGAGGGUGGGGACUGAAACCACUACUCCACUCACCCAGACGUGGGAAGGGACUGACUGCCUGCGUCUGUGCUCGCAACCAUUGAGGGGCUGUUCUUGCCUUUGCUCAGCAGAUGAGAGAGAUUUGGGUUUUUUCCCUUACUAUGAUCCUGUGGCGGGGCUCGUGCUGACACCAUUCCCAAGGGACACUCCCAAGGAGCUUCUCCUCAUUUUGCCUUUUUUUCUGAAUUCUUUUGACUUUUUAAGCCCAGGUGAUGACUUUGCUUUGCCCCUUUGCUACACUGGAAACCAGCGGCCACCUCUUGCCCCUUCAGGAAUCAGGUGUCUUGGCUGCUGCUCUGCCCACGACCAGCACCUGUGCUCUGUUCCUCUUUCCUGUACUGCAGCAGCCUUAGGGCCCUGCAGGGCCAGGGCUGGCUGGGGGCAGAACAGGCUCCGUUUCUUCUUGAGCUUCAGACUGUUUUGUCCAGCACUUCUCCAGGAGAAAGGAUGCUUGGAUAACUUGUUCCCCUCACAGCAAUUAAAGAGUCCUCUGCAAAGGAGAGUUGGGCCCUCUUUGGGCCAUGUAUUAGGAGCAAGGCGCUCUAGAGUGGAGGCAGCUGCGAAGGACAAGAUGCAUCCAUUGCUCCAUAGACAGAUCCACAGUCACCUCUGAAAGUGUUCCUGAGUUGGCUGACGCAAUCCUGCCAAACUACCUUCUCCCAAUUUUUUACCCUCACAAGACACCCAGGUUUUGCUGUCUGAAGAGCUAGAUCCUCUGCUGUCCCUGGAUCCCUUACAUGCAGGGCUAAAAGAAACACAGCACUUAACUGGUUUGUUUCUGUCCUUUUUGGAAUGUAGCACCUUUUCAACAAGGCUACAGGCACUUUGGGAAUGUUCAUGUAGUGCUGUCCCUUGUAAUGGAAGAGAGACCAAGAGUGCUAGGGCUGCAAAGCCAGGAAAGCCAACAUGCCUGGGGGUCCUCAGAGAGUCCCUGUGCCUCCUGGCAGCACCCAUGCUGCUCUCCAUGAUCCAUCAUCCUGUGUGUACCUACUGUGGGAGCCGUUGGAGCAGUGCAGUGCUGGAGGACGGCUACCUGCCCACAGGCUCUCCAUAGUCUGCAGCAAUGUGAUCCCAGUCCCAUGUUCACUUUCUUUUCCAUUCCUAGGAAUGACAUAUCAGUAGCAAAACAAUCUCCCCCUUUCCCAGUGCUCAAAGACAGGGAUGAAGAGAUGUGAGCAAGUGUACCAGCAAGAUGUCCUGGAGCAGCACUGCCUUGAGAGCCGCUGUCACCCCUGGGUCAACCUGUUCAAGGCUUCCAAUGGAAAUGUAGCAUUUUGACUCUGUUUUAUUGAAUAUUUGGGGUCACACUUGACCUGCUCUUGAAACGUCUGCCACUUGCUCUUCACGCAGGACUUACAACUGGUCCAUGUCUUUGUUUUGUCAAGGCUUGGGUUUGAUUUAGGCAGCUUUCCCUCUCUUUUCCCUGUGGUCAGCUGGGGGGGAUCUUUCCAUUUCUUCAAGCACUGCAGUGUGGCAAGCUGUGGAGAGAGGGAGUGGUAAGGAACAGCUGUGCCCCUGGUUCCCACAGUCGCUCCCCACAACACCCUUUGUCUGCAGUAAUGGUCCUUAAGGUGGUCUCUUCAUUUGAUGGAGAGUCUCUUUCUGGGCCACUGUGGGCUGGGGAAGAAGAGGAGGAGCCCUGGGACCUUCAGCUGUGAGACUGCAAAUGAUGCUGAGAACUCUCCAGAUGUGAUCAGGCACAAAAAGGCACUGGACAUGGCUAUUGAGUUUAGAAGGAAAUGUCUUAUGAAAGCAUCCUGUUUUCAUCUUCUCCAUUCCCAUGUGUGAAGUUAUUCCUUCUGUUGGGGAAGGGACUAAGCACCAUCCCAGGGUGCUGGAGAGGAGCUGCUACCCAGGCAUCAGAUCUGAAACUAAUGUGAAGGAUGAAGAACCUUGUGUCUCACAGGGCUGCCUGGGAGAGCAGAGGUGGUGGGAAGCUUAGAAGGUCCUGAUGAAGGGGAAUAGGAGGCAUGAGCCAAGCCCUGGCUGGACCACAAGUCUGGGUACAACCAAUACCACUAGCUCUUGCUCUGCUGUCGGGUGCAAUCAAGCCAUGCUCUGCCUGGGCCCCAGCAAAACAGGCAGAGCUGCGUCUCCACACUGUGCCAGCCAUGGCACUGCCUGACCUGGGCUCGAGAGCAGACACAAACUGAACAGGACUGCCAGGGUGCUGCCCCUUGGCUGGGGGGUCUGGCUGCACAGCUGGAGCCCAGGUCUCCACUGGGUCUGAGCUCUGCACAGGAAGCAGCUGUCAGGAACACCAGCUCCACAAGAAGGGUGAUGAGAGAUCUGAGAGUCUGUGUCACACACCUGCAGAAUUGAGCAUCACUUCAUCAGCCUCUCAGGCUCACUCGGCCACUGGGGUACAAAGCUGCUGGAUUCAUCUGGGUGAGGGAGUUACAGGGUUUGUAGGUGGUCAAGGGCUAUUUACUGUUAAAACUUAUAACCUCCUCGUGUCCUUUAAAACUAAACCCAAAGGAUCGUGUGUGUACAUGUGGAUGGGUGUUUGUGGGAGUACCAUGACACCAUUCCCCUGCUGUUGGUGUGUCACUCUUUCAGGGUGGUCUCUGUGGCUGUGAAGGCAGCAGAUGCCUGUCACAGGAUCUCAGGUGAUGUGUCCUUCAUGAGCAGUUGUCCCUGGUCCAGCAAGGAAGCCAGAAGAAGGAAGGUUUGCUGUACCGCUGGCCUUGGCAAGUCCUCCAUCCCCACAGAGCAUUGAGUGGGAGUCCCCUAUCAGGAACCAUCAAGGACAGCUGUGACCAAGGCAGAAGCACCAAAGUUUUUUGUCCUUACCCUGUUGCCGGACCAGAUUGCUCACAGGGAUGUUCACUGCUGUGUCACUAAGAAGCCAGAGAGGAAAGUGGGGCUGGGUCUGGCCCACAAGUUCCUCUCUGGGACCUUUCUGAGAGAUGUGACUGCAGCCAAAAUUUCUAAGUCAAUGAAGAGUUUUUGAAGUCAAAUGUUUUUUUGACUGGAGGCCCUCAAGCCUAUGUUUCUGCCAUUCCUGCCCCUGCAUCUGGUGUUGGUGGGGCUUAGCUGGAGCCAUGGGAGAGGUCCCACCAAAUGCACCAGCCUCAGGCAUGGGGUGUCUUCUGGGGGGGCUGACUCUGGGUGCAUGGGAGCAGUUGGAGCCUCUUGGAAAGGUGUUUCUCCCUCCUCAUGGAAACGGGCAGCAUUGGGACACUGUGAGCCAAGGUCUCUGUUUCCAUGAGAGCAGCCAGCCUGAAGCUCAGCAGGCUGAAGCUUUGUGCCUGCCCUGCCAGAGCACAGCUGCCCACCCCUGCCUUCCUCUGCUGAUUUCCAUGGCGAUCACUAGCACUUUUAGAAAAGAAAAACCCCCUCCAAAUUGUCCAGGAGGGUCGAGGGCUUAGGGCAGCUGCUGUCUGCAGAGGCACAUCUGGGGCCAUGAGUGCAGUGAGGGCAUUGGAGAAGAGGAGGGAGCUGAGAGAGGGAUGUGACUUGGCCAGUCCUGUUCCUCACUCCUCAGCCUCCAGGAGAGAACUCCUCAGGCGCGCAGAGGGAAAGACAAGAGGGCUGUAGCCAGGCUCCCUUCUUCCAGCCCUGACUUUCCCUCGGGGGCCUGAGCCUUCCUUGUCCUUGAAGGGAAAAAUGGGGAGCAUAUUGUGGAAAGAGUGUGAUUAUGAUAACAAAAGCUUUUUGCACUUUCAUUCAUUUUGCACUCUUUUUUAAUUUCUUUUUUUCUGCGUUUUUGAUAUCGGCGCCUCCUUUUCAUAACAAAAAUCCUUUUGUUGUAGCCAGUGCAGCUAUUCCAGAACUGUGUGUCCUGAGUGUACAGAGUUUUAAAGGCCCUAUAUAUAUAAAUUUAUAGUGGUGCAAAAGUAAAUUUAUAUAUGUAGAUGAGGAUGUGAUGUGUUUCGUCAGUGUUUUAAAAUAAUAAACGAAUGUAAGCAAUGGA